GCCCCCGUGCUUUCAUGGUCCUCCCUAAAACACGCCAUGGUCAUAGAGAAGCCGCUUGUCCAUUACCAUUGCCGGUCCUCCUUCACGACGCGCACAGCAUGCACUAGGCAAAUCCUACUCCCGAAUGUGAAAGGUAAAAUGUAUGAAGAACGAUUGAUGCACAGCGUUGCAUGACAUGCGCACCGGCUCCAUGGGCACCUCGGUCGCCGCCACAGUCGCCGUUGCCGUCACGGUCGUCCUCGUGCUCGCGGGGGUAACCCAUGCCGAGAUCAGGACGACGCUGAUCGUGUCAGACGCGCGGCCAUUGAUCCUCUUCGAGCAGUUUGGCUUCGCGCGUGGCGGCAAGGCCGCCCUCUCCAUACGCCGCUCGGCAUGGAGACUCCGGCCGGGAUCACGCCUCACCGGAGUCGACCCCACCCUUAUGGGGUUCGUCCUCAUUUCCGGAGCCCAGUUUCCCAAGAUCAACAAUGCGUCCGAGUACGCCGCCGCCGAUCCAGGAGGCAACAGCGGCGGCGGCGGUUUCUGCGUGCUGACGAGCGGAUACGCCGUCCCGAUGAUCCGGCUCAGCGACGUCCCGGCAGGCGGCGCCACCAGCAUCCUGCCUAUUGACGACCCAGAUGAGUACGCGGUCGUGUUCAACAACUGCCAAGAGGGCGUGGAGGUCACCUUGGACGUGCGCACCGAGAUGUACAACGUGCAGGGCGGCGUCCCCGACGGGCAGAGAGACUACCUCCCCGUGGGGCUCCAGCCGCUGCCGACCAUCUACACCGUCGUGUCGGCGGUGUACUUCGCGUUCCUGGUGGUGUGGGCGUGGGCGUGCCUGCGGAGGCGCGCGACGGCGGAGCGGAUCCACGUGGUGAUGGGCGCGUUGCUUCUGUUCAAGGCGCUCAAGAUGGCGUGCGCGGCGGAGGACACAUGGUAUGUGGAGCGCACGGGCACGCCGCACGGCUGGGACGUUGCGUUCUACGUGUUCGGUUUCUUCAAGGGAGUCCUGCUCUUCACCGUCAUCGUGCUCAUCGGCACCGGCUGGUCCUUUCUCAAACCUUACCUCCAGGAGCGGGAGAAGAAUGUGCUGAUGAUAGUGAUCCCGCUGCAAGUGAUCGAGAACCUGGUGCUGGUGGUGAUCGGGGAGACCGGGCCCACGGGGAGGGACUGGGUGGUGUGGAACCAGCUCUUCCUGCUCGUCGACGUCGUCUGCUGCUGCGCCGUCUUCUUCCCCAUCAUCUGGUCCAUCCGGGCCCUGCGCGACGCAUCCAAGACCGACGGCAAGGCCGCGCGCAACCUCCACAAGCUCACCCUCUUCAAGCGGUUCUACGUCGUCGUCGUCGGCUACCUCUACUUCACCAGGAUCAUCGUUUCCGCCUUCCUCGCACUCCUCAGCUACAGGUACCAGUGGGGCGUCAACGUCGCCGUCGAGGCCGCAAGCUUCGCAUUCUACCUCUUCGUCUUCUACAACUUCCAUCCAGUCGAGAAGAACCCCUACCUCUACGUUGGGGACGACGAGGAGGAGUCGGCAGGUGGGCAGCUCGAGAUGGACGACCGUGCUUUCUGAACUUUCGUUCAUACUCCACAAACCAUGCAUGGCCGUUUCCAAGUUUUGUAGCACAUGAUCGAUGUUAACGGUUCAUACAAAUAUACUCCUAGUAUUAGUUUGUCUCCUGCCCUGUACAGCUAAUUAAUCUGUUCCAAGAGGUUGACAUAUGUAAGUGGAU